ACGGAAGCAAGCAACAAGCGGUGAUGACAGAAGCCGUGCACAAGGAAGGGUACCUGCUGAAAUGGACCAACUACAUGAAGGGCUUCCAGCGCAGAUACUUUGUGCUGGAUGGCCGCUCCCUCGCCUACUACAGAUCCCCAAGUGAGAUGGCGCAGGGGUGCCGCGGGUCCCUCAACCUGCUCGAUGCCAAGAUCGAAACCGCCCCAGGCAACAACCUCGUCAUCCAGCCAGGCGGAAAGCGCACGGGCCAGGUGUUCCACCUCCGCGCCAACUCAGACCGAGAGCGACAAGACUGGAUCAACGCCCUGCAGCUGGCCAAGCAAAUGGCAAGCAACCUCCGUCAAGCCAACCGCAAAUCAGGAAGCACAAGGGACCUGCGACGUGCUGUGUCGUCGCUCCUGGAUGAGGUCUCGCAGCGGGAGACGCGAUGGGCGAAAGCGCUCACGUCGAGCGAGAAGCGAAGGAACGACCUCGAGGCAGCGCUGGAAUCGCUGGCGCGGGACCACCGCCGGCUCGAGCGCAGCGCCGAGAUCGCCGCGGAGAAGGGGCUCGUCGUCGACGCCGCAGAGCUUGAAGAGGAAACCGAGCGCAAUGAGGAGGAAGAGGACGAGUUCUUUGAUGCCCAGAGCGAUCUCUCCACGUCCGGAAAAUCUUCGCGCCGGCUCUCCGGUCCGCCCGCGUCCGCUCUUGUCGGCCACGCCCACCGCGGCAAGCCGUUUGAGUUCCGGCGGGCGAUUCCGUUCAAGCCAAACAAGCGCGUCAGCCUGUGGGGGAUCAUGAAGAACUGCAUCGGCAAGGACCUGUCGAAGAUCCCCAUGCCGGUCAACUUCAACGAGCCGAUUUCAUUCACGCAGCGGCUGAGCGAAGACCUCGAGUACGCGCAUCUCCUGGACAAGGCCGCAAAGGCCACGUCCUCGCAGCAGCGCAUGGUGUAUGUCGCCGCCUUCACGGUCUCCUCUUUCUCCUCCGGCGCUGACAGAACAGGCAAACCGUUCAAUCCGCUGUUGGGCGAGACCUUUGAGCUUGACCGGCGCCACACGAAGGGAUGGCGCGCACUCCUCGAGCAGGUGAGCCACCACCCGCCCAUCGCCGCCUUCCAUUCCGAGAGCGACGACUGGAUCUUCUGGCAGGAGUUCAGCAUGGACUCAAAGUUCCGCGGGAAGUACUUGGAAGUGAUUCCAACAGGUGUGAGCCAUCUCAUCUUGAAGAAGACAAACGAUCACUUCACCUGGACAAAGGUGAAGACGACGAUCCACAACAUCAUCAUCGGAAAGCUGUGGUUGGAGAACAACGGCACGAUGGACAUUGUCAACCACACCACCAAGGACGUGUGCACCCUCGAGUACAUGCGCUAUUCCCUCUUCUCCAGCAACGAGCUGCACUCUGUGCGCGGGGAAGUGAAGGACAAGUCAGGUGCCGUGAGCUUCUGCCUCGAGGGGAAAUGGCACAGCAGCCUCUCCGUCUACAGUCCAGAGACUCCAAAGGACAAGCACGUCAUCUGGGAGCGCACGCCGCCGAUCCCGGACUUUGAGCAGAUGUACGGGUUUACGCAGAUGGCGAUUGAGUCCAACGAGAUUUCGCCGUACGAGCGCGGAUGCGCAAUGACCGACUCGCGGUUCAGGCCAGACAAGAACCUGAUGGAGGUUGGGGAGUGGGACAUGGCCAACCGCGUGAAACAUCUCCUUGAAGAAGGACAGCGCUUCCGCCGUCGCGAAUACGAGCGCACGAAGACAAAGUGGACGCCGGCGUGGUUUGAGCUUCAACCAGACCCCGUUGACCCGAACAAGAAGCGUUUCCAGUACAAGGGCGGCUACUGGGAGGCCAAGGAGAAGAGUCGCUUCGGUGACCACGGCAUUGUGGACGUGUACGACAUCCGUCCCGUCGAGCAGAAGGAUAUGGACGCGGCGCGCGCGGCCAAGGGCGCAAUGGUCAUCAACGACCACUCGGAACUCGCAGACGAGUGAUCGGGGGCUGGUGGUGUUGCUGUGUCGUGUUGUGUAGUUGUGGUUGCUGUCGUAGUUGUGUCGUUGUUGAGGUGGUGUCGUGUUGUGUAGUUGUGUAGUUGUCGUUGUUGUGUCGUUGUUUUGAGGUGGGGCGUGUGCGAAGCGACCGUGUUGUUGUGGCUGUCAUGUUUGCGUUUGCGUUUGCGAUGGUUUUUGUGUCGCUCGUCCUGCCCUGGGCGUACUCCACCUUACCGCUACUGUUACCUGCUUCGUCUUUUGCGUUGCGUGGGGUUCUCGUCGUUCAUUUCCGCUCUUCACGCCAUUCUUCUUUCGUUUUCACCGCACGUCGAUGUCUUCACCAUUGCCAGUCUGCGUUGCAUGUUGGUGCACGUGUACACGCGUCUUGGUUCGGUGCACGUGUACACGCGUCUUGGUUCGGGGCAUGUGUGCACGUGUCUUUGGUUCGGGUUCAUUAUCAAGAUCACACAACGCAAAGGGAA